AUGGCUAGAUCAAUGCUUACUCUGGUAAAGAAAGUCGAGAAUCAAGUUCAACCACUGGUCGAGACGCCACCCGUGGCAGCGGUAGUGGAGCCAAGCCAGUCCAGCAGGAGCAGCACACACAAGUCCAUAGAGACCUUAGUUGUUGUGCUAGCAGUGAUCAUAAUUGUUGGUGUGAUUGCAGGGAUCAUAGCCCGGCUAUGCGGUGGCCGACAUUACGGUGGCAACGGGGAGCAUGACAUCGAAGGAUGGGUAGAAAGGAAAUGCAGAAAUUGCAUUGAUGCUGGAGUUGCAGAUACAGCAAAGCCAGCAGCAGCUGAAGAAACAAAGAAGUAG